AUGGACUCCACAGCUAAGGAAAUUCAAGAAGCUGAGAUUGACGCCGGGUCGCAGUCCUCGCCAUGGCAAGAAAAGCGGAGAAUCUCAGAGGAGGCAGAUAGGCCUGAGACUUCAGGGACGACUGGAUCGUCGUCAGGGUCUAGUAGCUCCAUUGACUACGACCCUCAAUUUCACAGACUCCAGUCGCGAAACACAGAGCUUGAUUUGGAACGCAAUCGCACCAAUGUUUCUCGGACGCUCAGCCGAAUUGAAACCCAGCGCCUUCAGCAUCAGCUCACUGUUGGUGAGAGUGUCAAGUCGCGAGCCUCGAAAACACCACUGCCGCCCUUUGGUGACGGCAAGCCUUACCCUCCACCACUGCCCAAUCGUGAAGACUACGUCGUAGAAUUUGACGGCCCAAAUGAUCCUAUGUAUCCUAAAAACUGGCCCACAAUGACCAAGAUUUACAUCACAGCCAUGCUUGCAUUUACGAGUAUCUGUUCGACUUUCGAUUCCGCGGUCUUUAGCUCCUCAUCACAGAACGUUGCGUCCCACUUUAACGUUAGCCUGGAGGUCUCUGUCCUAUCUAGCACCUUAUACAUUGCCGGUUAUGCCUCAGGCCCGUUGGUCUGGGCACCCCUGUCAGAGCUCAAGGGACGUCGCCCGGGUAUUGUCAUCGCUAUGCUGGGAUUCGGUAUCUUCAACACCGCGGUUGCCGUCUCGAAGGACCUUCAGACCCUCAUGAUCUGUCGCUUUUUCAGCGGUAUCUUUGGUAGUUCGCCGCUGGCAGUCGUGGCAGCGGUCUUCUCGGAUAUCUACGAUAAUCGGACCCGUGGUGUUGCCAUUGCAUUUUUCUCUGGCACAGUGUUUUUGGGACCUCUGGUUGCCCCUUUUAUCGGUGGAUACAUCAACAUGUCAUACCUGGGUUGGCGCUGGACGGCUUGGAUCCCCGCGUUUAUGGGCUACGCGGCUUUCGUCCUGAACCUUUUCUUCCUGAAAGAGUCGUACCCACCCGUUGUUCUCAUUGAAAAGGCAUCAGAAUUGCGACGUCGUACUAAGAACUGGGGAAUCCACGCAAAGCAAGAAGAAAUCGAGGUCGACUUCCGGGAGCUGAUCGUCAACAACUUCUCACGCCCGCUCAAGCUUCUCUUCUAUGAGCCCUUGAUCUUGGCUGUUACGAUCUACUUGAGCUUUAUCUACGGCCUGCUUUACUGCUUCCUGACCGCUUACACAGUCGUUUUCGAGGGCGUGUACGGUUUCAAUGCUGGAGAAAGUGGCCUACCUUUGUUUGGUCUGGUGGUCGGUCUGAUGAUUGCUGCAUCAUACGUUGUCUAUUCUGCGAGUGGCUAUAACAAAAAACUGGACGCUAAUGGCGGCGUCCCCAUUCCCGAAUGGCGUCUGCCCCCAGUCAUUGUCGGAGGUGCUCUUUUCGCUGCUGGACUUUUCUGGUUCGGUUGGACCGGGUUUAGCGGCACUGUUCAUUGGAUUGCGCCUACAUUGAGUGGACUUUUCACCGGAUUUGGCCUCUUGAUCAUCUUCAUUCAAUUGUUCAACUACCUUAUUGACACCUACCUGAUGUUCGCUGCGUCGGCCAUUGCCGCGAACACCUUCUGUCGAUCUAUGGUGGCAGCAAGCUUCCCUCUAUUUUCACGACAAAUGUUUGAAAACAUGGGCAUCCAGUGGGCCUCUACUCUUCUUGGAUGUCUUGCGGCUGUGCUGGUUCCUAUUCCUAUUUGCUUCUAUUUCUUCGGCAAGAGACUGAGAAUGAAGAGCAAGUUUGCUCCCUUCUUCGAGCCUGCGGCGGAGGCGGCUUGCGGUGACGAGGAAGAGACCGAGCGAGACGGCACUGUUGAACAUUCUUGAUAUUCCCACAAAAGUUGCACAUGUAUACCAACCUAAUAUCC